AUGUUAGCGCUACCCACACAACGUCACCACCUUUCAACCAUACCGUCACCACCGUCUUCACACUCCUCCUAUCAACACCUGCCCCAGCAGUUUGCCGCACAACACCUCUACGACCAGAAGCUCCUCAACGACUACCUCGAGUCCCAGCAGCAGUCUUACGGCACUUCAUCCAGCAGUGCACCCAACUCGUACAUGACGAGCGCAUACACCGACUUCGCGAACCCGGCCAUCCGAAUCCAGCAGUCGACACCCACACCGCAGCUUCCCCAGGCCUUCGCACAACCGCCUAUGCUCUCGACCAGCAACACCAGCACGGGACUUGAGUCCUGGAACUAUGGUAACGUGCAGGGCCAAUCGCUCCAGACACCACACCAGAACCAGAACCGCGGCCACCAGCGCGCAUCGUCUUCGUCUUCCGUAGGCUCAAGCGCCUCGCAAUACCAGGCCGUUGGACCUUCCGCGGGCUACCAGUACGUCUCUCCCUCCGAAUACCCGCCUUCGCACGAAUCUGCGUUGGCUUACUCAUCGAACGUGGCUGACAUAUAUCCAAGGUCGUUCCAGAACCAUCUCCCUACACCCACACAUACACCUACCCAGGACUCGUUCAUGAGCGGAAACAACUUCAGCAGCAACUACACACCAAACUCGGUCAACAUGGACCACACCAUGUCCGCACACAUGUCGAUGAAGCAAGCGCUCAUGGAGCAGAGUGAUGACGUACCAGACUACGCACACUCGGCCGGUCAAUCAGUAUCAAGCUACGGCCACGACUCUCCUGCCACGCCACACACUGCACAGGACGACAUCGACUUCAAGAUGCCUGCCAAUGGUGAGAAGCUCUGCAGGAUAGACUCCUGGCUUUUCAAUCAGUUUUGUACUUACGAUGACCCAGACACCCGCCCGAUCCCCAAGUUCGAAAGGACCUACACCGACAUUGCUGCCGACGCUGGCUUCUAUGAACCCAGUGCCUCCGCCCAGGCGGUGUCUUCCAAGCCAGCUCAGUCGUCGCUGCUGUCGCCAUACCGCAACAGCGCCAACGAGAACGUACAGCGUGCGCUCCAGGCAGCACAGUACGCUCGCUCACAGUCGCCAAGCAGCACUGCCUCAAGAAGUGACUCACCCUUCCGCAAGAGCUCACCCUACCGUCAGCCUAGCAACACGUUCAACUCGGCUAUGAACACUGCUGUUGCGGCACGUGAGCAGAACCGCCAGGCUGAUGCGGCUUACGCUAUGAAGUCUCAGAUGCAGCCCAGCGACGAUUCUGAGCCAAAGACCAUCUCGCCCAAGGACGCUCUGUUAGACUACCGGGAAUCCGACGAAGAAUCCAAAGUUCCAUUGUUCCCGGACAGUGGCGCUAGCGAGUACGACAGCCAAUACACCGGUGGCGACCAAUAUAGGACUGCCACCCAAUCCAGCUUCGACACUCCAUCAUCACAGUCCUACCGUCGCGACAGCUGGGUAACACCACAGUUCUCACCAAACUUCUCCACUGCCUCCGCCCCAUCAUUACCGCAGGCAUCGAGCUUUACCUUCGCCACUCCAUCAAUACAGAACAUGCACAGCAUGCCUAUGAACGCACCAUCUCAGUAUCGAUCAACACCCAACACUAUGUCGUCGGGCGUCGACCAGACACCUGAGUUCCCUGCCCACCUGACUUCAAUGGAGUCAAGUGCGAGCGAAGCUGAGCCACCGAGCGGCAGCCAGAACAGCGUCCUUUCAGACCGCUACAUUACGAAGCCAACAUCGACGGGCGCCGAGUCUGGUACCUACUCAUGCACGUAUCAUGGCUGCUCCCAGCGUUUCGAGACCCCACAAAAGCUUCAGAAGCAUAAGCGUGAGGGUCAUCGAAGUGCCAAUCUCAGCCAGGCUAUGACGUCGGCGGCUAUUUUGGAGCGCAAUUCGCAGGCGGGACCCCACAAGUGUGAGCGCAUCAACCCCACGAUCGGCAAGCCCUGCAACACUGUAUUUUCGCGGCCCUAUGACCUCACCCGUCACGAGGACACGAUACACAAUGCGCGCAAGCAAAAGGUCCGCUGCGCACUCUGUGUCGAGGAGAAGACUUUUUCGCGCAACGACGCAUUGACACGCCACAUGCGUGUCGUGCAUCCUGAGGUCGACUUCCCCGGAAAGCACCGCAGGCGCGGAGGUAACCACGACUGA